UCGUAUUUCCGGAGAUGAAUUCAUGUUUAGUAUUCAAGAACGUUCAGUACCAUUAUGACGGAAAUUUUUUCAGGUUAUAAUCAAUACAAUGAAGAAUCCAGUGUAUGUGAAAAAUACGUGUUGCUUGAUUUUUUUGCUAUUUUGUUCAGCCACGUCUCAGCAAGAUACAAAUCACGCAACAGAAUAUAAUGGCGAAUCUAUAUUUGAAACCAAGUUGAUAGUACCUCAUCUGAUGCCAUCCAGUCCAAAGGAAACCUGCGCGGUGAUCUAUGGACCCGGCCUCAUCGUAGUACCAGGUCAAUUUUACUUUCCAUACCAAAUUCAAGGCAUGCCAGAAAUAUCCUGGGAUUACAAAUCUGAGAAGUUCUACACUGUAGUAAUUCUAGGCGCUCUUGAAAAAGUACCCAGUCAUCAGAAUAAUACCAACAAGUUACAAAAGCAAGAAUCUAUUCCACCUGAAAAUUCGUGGCAUCAAUGCGUAAUGGUCAACGUUCGUAAAAAUAAUAUGGGCUCGGGAACUAUUGUACAACCUUAUGUAAAUACACAAAACAAUGAACCUAAUGGAACUCAUAAUGUGGUGUAUGCAUUUUCUAUCUAUGAACAAUUCAAGAAAAUCGAUCUAAAUAAUUUGAAUGCUGAAGAUAAUUCAACUCAAACGAUGCUUGAACGACAUUUCACACCGAUGUCUAAUUUCACAAAAAGUUUCGGUGGGAGUUUUUUGAUAGCUGGCAAUUUCUUCUACGUUGUGCCAAAACAAAGCGCUGUUUUUCGAGACUACUCUCCCGUGAGAUACGACAUAAAACGUGAAAUGAUGAGCAUAAUGAAACCGGAUGAUUAUGUGGGUAUGCGAUAGGAGUUGGAGUUACGAAUCUCACAUGAGGACAAGAUGCAAUAUCUCUGAAUUUGUUCUCACUCGUCGAUCUUGUCAGUGCUUCAGUGAAAUUUUACUCAUUUCAGGGAGUUAAUAUCGUAAUUUUAUAACAAUAUUUCGUGUAACUUCGUACUUAUUCAUCUUAUUCUUUCAAUCAACUUGAGGGGAAAAAAUCAUAAAAACUUGGCUAUAGCAGAAAAAAACGACGCUUACCAUAUUCUUCAAGUAAUACGAUGCCGAACGAGAAAUAACUGCAAUGAAGUAAACAAACUGAUAACAUUUUCAACUUCAAGAUGGUAGUUCAAGGACAACCGCACUGCCGAAGUACAAAAUACGCAGAAAAGAUCAGAAACGAAAAAUUGGACACGCAAAAUCAAGCAACGAAUAACUCGAAGUCUCGAACAUGAAAUGCUAUGAAAAACCCAAAACGAUUGAGCACAAUACAUCGCGUCGCAUCGUCGCUCGGCGGCUCGGCAUUUCUUAUCUUUCAAAGUCUUGAACAAAAGGCAAAGACUGCGAAACGCAGUAUUUUUCUAGGAAUACACUUUUAAUUCAUAAUACACGGAAAAAAAAAUUAUGGAUAAUUUUUACUAUUUCAUACAGUAACCGGAUCCCAUUCAAAAAUAUUGCGAUUUUUACUAUGAGAUUAGUAAAUUUUACUAUGAGAUUUAGUAAAUUUUACUAUGAGAGUAAUAAAUUUUACCUAAUUCUAUAGUAAAAUGUAUUUUUUGUCUGAGUAAAAAUCACUAUUAUUUUUGGAUUGGAUCCGGUUACUAUACUGAAACAGUAAUUUUUAUUGUUUUUUUUUUUCAGUGUACUUUCUCGUCUCUACACGAAACUCAAUAUCGAUAACACAUACAGGAUACGGGUAUAAUAUUUUUUCGUAUUAUUUUUAUUCACGUUUGUGCAAACACUUCAACUUCAUCAAAAAUACACCACCCAAUCCGGUGUCAAUAUAAAA